AUGAGGAGGGAGAGCCAGCCCCCAAACCCCGGCAGGUUUCAGAGAUUGAACUCUUCAGCAAACAAGGUCCUCCAGCAGAGAGGUCUGAAAAACACUCAAAAUAGGUUGCUAUCACGAAAGAAGAAGGGAGUGAAAGGGGGCGGCGCCGGGCCGGGCGCGGCGCUGAGGCCUGCGGCCGGUGGCCCGGUCCGCCUGGCGGAGCUGCUGGGGGUGUCCCUGCAGACGGAAGGGUCAGGGUUCCAAGUGGCCCGACGGCGACCCAGGAGGUCGGUGUUCCUUCACGCCGGCGUGAAGAUCUGCCCUCAGGAGACCCUCACCGAGGUGCUCGCCAGCCACCAGGGGUAUUACCAGCUCAGAGUCUGCCAGGAGGCCGUGUGGGAGGCCUUCAGGAUCUUCUUCGACAGGAUCCCGGGGACCACGGAGUACCAGAAGUGGGUCCACACGUGUCAGCACGAGUCGCUGUGCAUCUCCGACCUCGCCAGGAACUUCAGCGGCUCGGAGGAGCACCUGAGCAUGAUUCACAGGAGGAUGAACCGGAUGAGAGACAGGACGCCUCCAUCAGGAAGGGAGGCGCCGCAUGCACCGCUGAUCCCUGAGGGAGGAGGGUCAGAGGUUCAGACCGUCGCCCCCCCGGUGACCCCCCCGGUGACCCCCAGCAGCACUCCGACCGCCACCCUCCUCGGCCCUGUGAGCACCACUCCGACCCCUGAUCUCCAGCAGACCUGGUCAGCCGAAGUGGAGGAAGAGGAGGAGAAGGAAGAGGAGAAGGAAGUGGAGGAGGGAGAGGAAGCGGAGAAGGAAGAGGAGGAAGAAGAGGAAGCGGAGAAGGAAGUGGAGGAGGAAGAGGAAGCGGAUAAGGAAGAGGAGGAGGAAGAGGAGGAGGACUCUGAGCAUCACAACGUGGUCCCUGAGGCUCCGGUGGAGCAGUUGGUGGAGUUCAGCAUCGACCUGGUGGAUCCGGGUUACAGAGAGCUGCUGGACGACCCGGACUCCCCCCAGUACGUGGACCUGGCUCACCACCUGCAGGACCAGAUGCAGCAUGCGUUCGACAAGCUUCCAGGAUACAAAGACAUCCACGUGCUGGGGAUCAGCGAGACGCCGGACACUGAGGGGCCCGGGGGCAUCUCGGUGCAUUACUCUCUGGUGUUUGAGGGGAACUCUCCUAAAAUGGGCUCCACGGGUUCGGAGGCGACCGGCGCCCCGGAGUCUCCGGUCCACUCGGGCCUCAGGGAGAUGGUGGCCAGGGCCCUGCGGGAGGAGGCGUCGCUGCCCAUCGAUCUGGACUCGCUCAACUUCCAGCCAGAAGUGAUCGUCCUGCCGGCGCUGACGGCGACCUUGACGGUUAAAGUGGAGAACGAGUCCAGCGAGCCCGACUCCCACAACGAGUUCGAAGUCUCCCCCGACGAGCCGGAGGAGGAUAAAGGUCGGCCCUCGCUUCCCCUCCCCCCCCUGGAGAAGGAAAAUGCCCUCGUGACGCUGCUGGAUCCCGUGGCCGGUGUGACGGCCUCGGUGGAAGUUCCCCGGUCAGAGGCACCUUCAGACGAGGAGGACGAGGAGGAGGACGAGGAGGAGGAGGGGGAGGAAGAACUGCCAAUCAUUACGCACGAGGUCGAAACCAUUCAUCGCGAGGAAACGGGCGAGCUUGUGAGGGACUACAUCCCGACCCCCCCCGUGGUCCUGGAGCUGGAGACGGACGCUACGCACCUCAGUCCCUCCCCCAACGUGAUAUCGGAGGAAGACCUGAAUCCUGUCGACGAUGACCGGGACCCCCCCGGUCCGGAUCCCGUGACCCCGACCCCGCAGAUAUUACUGACCACAGCUCCCGCUGAAGAGGAACGGUCCGGAGUGGCAUCCAUCACGACCCCGCCAGGCGCCGCCCGAGAAGACGAAUAUGUGAAUGUUCUCCCAGAGGAGGAGGAGGAGAACGCGGGUGCAGAGGACGUGUCGGACAGUGAAAUUGAAUUGCUUGAACCUAAGGUGGAGCUGGAGGUGGAUCCCGUUGAAGAGCCUGAGGUACUGCAGCCAACAUCUGAAGAAACUACAGUUUAUGAAACAGAGAAAGGGAAGUUAGAGGGGACGGAACCUGAGAUGGAAAAAGCUGAGGAGAAAGACAUAGCUGAGGAGGAGGACAUAGCUGAGGAGGAGGACAUAGCUGAGGAGAAAGACAAAGCUGAGGAGGAGGACAAAGCUGAGGAGAAAGACAAAGCUGAGGAGAAAGACAAAGCUGAGGAGAAAGACAUAGCUGAGGAGAAAGACAAAGCUGAGGAGGAGGACAAAGCUGAGGAGAAAGACAUAGCUGAGGAGGAGGACAAAGCUGAGGAGAAAGACAUAGCUGAGGAGGAGGACAUAGCUGAGGAGAAAGACAUAGCUGAGGAGGAGGACAUAGCUGAGGAGAAAGAUAAAGCUGAGGAGAAAGACAAAGCUGAGGAGGAGGACAAAGCUGAGGAGAAAGACAAAGCUGAGGAGGAGGACAUAGCUGAGGAGAAAGACAAAGCUGAGGAGAAAGACAAAGCUGAGGAGAAAGACAUAGCUGAGGAGAAAGACAAAGCUGAGGAGGAGGACAAAGCUGAGGAGAAAGACAUAGCUGAGGAGGAGGACAAAGCUGAGGAGAAAGACAUAGCUGAGGAGGAGGACAUAGCUGAGGAGAAAGACAUAGCUGAGGAGGAGGACAUAGCUGAGGAGAAAGAUAAAGCUGAGGAGAAAGACAAAGCUGAGGAGGAGGACAAAGCUGAGGAGAAAGACAAAGCUGAGGAGAAAGACAUAGCUGAGGAGAAAGACAAAGCUGAGGAGGAGGACAAAGCUGAGGAGAAAGACAUAGCUGAGGAGAAAGACAAAGCUGAGGAGAAAGACAAAGCUGAGGAGAAAGACAUAGCUGAGGAGAAAGACAAAGCUGAGGAGGAGGAGGACAUAGCUGAGGAGAAAGACAGAGCUGAGGAAAAAGACAAACCUGAGGAGAAAGACAAAGCUGAGGAGAAAGACAAAGCUGUGGAGAAAGACAAAGCUGAGGAGGAGGGCAUAGCUGAGGAGGAGGACAAAGCUGAGGAGGAGGACAUAGCUGAGGAGAAAGACAAAGCUGAGGAGGAGGACAUAGCUGAGGAGGAGGACAAAGCUGAGGAGGAGGACAUAGCUGAGGAGAAAGACAAAACUGAGGAAAAAGACAAAGCUGAGGAGGAGGACAAAGCUGAGGAGGAGGACAUAGCUGAGGAGAAAGACAAAGCUGAGGAGAAAGACAAAGCGGAGGAGGAGGACAUAGCUGAGGAGGAGGACAAAGCUGAGGAGGAGGACAUAGCUGAGGAGAAAGACAAAACUGAGGAAAAAGACGAAGCUGAGGAGGAGGACAUAGCUGAGGAGAAAGACAAAGCUGAGGAGGAGGACAUAGCUGAGGAUAAAGACAAAGCUGAGGAGGAGGACAUAGCUGAGGAGGAGGACAUAGCUGAGGAGAAAGACAAAACUGAGGAAAAAGACAAAGCUGAGGAGGAGGACAUAGCUGAGGAGGAGGACAAAGCUGAGGAGGAGGACAAAGCUGAGGAGGAGGACAUAGCUGAGGAGGAGGACAUAGUUGAGGAGGAGGACACCAUUAAAGUUUUCGAGCCAGAGGAAGAAGAAGCUGAAGAUCUGGAGAAGAAGCUUGAUGAGGAUUCUGAAACACACGAUAGCUCACUUGAGAUUUUGCAUGAAGACGGAGUGGAAGUUCUGCAACCAGAAAACAUUCCUGAGGAAGUAGUAACCAAAGAUUCAGAGGAAGUGAUACCUGAAGUUCCUGCGGAAGUAGUACCUCAGGUUUCCGAACGGGAAAAUGUGGUGGAGGCAGUUAAUGUUGUGAAACCGGCAGAAGAAGAGGUGGAGGAUGUAAAAUCAGACAAGGACAUUUUGGAGUUUCUAGGAGUAGAUGAGGAAGUUAUCAAAGCCGGAGAUCAAGAGGUCCAAGCUGCAGAAUUAACGGAGCCAGAAGAUGUUUCAGAACCAAGUGAAGAAGUCUUAAAGGAUGAUUCAGAAGAAGAAGCGGAUAAACCUCAACCAGAAGAGGAUGUAAUUGAUUCUGUAAAAGCAGAAGAAGAAGAAGAAGCACCUGCAGAAGAUUUAACCGAACCUUCAGAGCCCAAAGUGGAAGUAGGAGUUGAUUUCCCAGAACGGAACCCGGAGGAGGUAGAUGAGCUUUUGGAACCAGAAGUAAAUGAAGAUGUGACGGAGCCACCCGCCGGAUCCAUCAAGACCCUCAACCCUUUGGACCAGGAGGACAACCUUGUACCGGUAGACCUCCAGCCCUCUGAAGACGGUGAACCAGAGCAUCCCGUCGUAGAAGACUCUUCCCUGGAGAAGGAAGCUCCACGGCUCGAUAGCGCAGCAGACGACCUCGACUCAUCAGAAUCGUCCCCGGAAAGAGACGCCGUGGCGCCGGACUCCUUCCACACACCCCCGGCAGCCGAGGUGCCCCCUGACCCGACGGUGGACCCUGGGCUCUUUGAGGUGCAGUCGGUCGUGCCCUCGGCUCCCGGGUCUCCAGAGGACGACAGCGACGCAGUGGUGGUCGUCAUCGACGAAGACUUUGGAGAGGCGGGGCCGGAGGCGGGCGGCGGCCAGACCGUCCCGCCGGCAGCUGGCGAGGACGCCGUCGACGAGGCAGUGCUGGACCUGACGGUGGAGCUGGAUCAAACCAACCCGGCGCCGCCAGACGAGGGGAGCGGCUUCCCGACCGCCGCAGAGGAGCGCCUCGCCGGCGCCACGGCCCCGCCUCCGCUGAGGUACCUGACCACGCCCUCCAUGACCACGGCCAGCCACGGCCGCGAGCUGGUGGUGUUCUUCAGCCUGAGGGUCACCAACAUGGACUUCUCCGAGGACCUCUUCAACAAGACGUCCUCGGAGUACCGAUCACUGGAGGGAACCUUCUUAGACGUGCUGCUGCCGUACCUGCAGGCCAACCUGACGGGCUUCAGGGACCUGGAGAUCCUGAACUUCAGGAAGGGCAGCGUGGUGGUCAACAGCAAAGUGAAGUUCAACAAGUCGGUUCCGUACAACCUGACGGAGGCGGUGCAGGCGGUGCUGGAGGAGUUCUGCUCCGCCGCCUCCAGGGACCGCCACAUCCAGAUCGACACGCGCUCGCUGGACGUGGAGCCAGCUGACCAGGCGGGGGCCUGCCGCUUCCUGGCGUGCGGCGCCUCCUCGCGCUGCGUGCUGAGCGGGCUCACGGGGGAGCCGCGCUGCGUGUGCCAGCCGGGCUUCCUGUCGGUGGACGGCCUGCCCUGCCGCAGCAUCUGCCUCCUGAGGCCCGACCACUGCCGGGGGGGGGGGCGCUGCCAGGUGGUGCCGGGGCGCGGGGCGGUGUGCAGGUGAGGACCUCCCACUCAGAAAGAUUCAGUGAAGCCUGGGAAGAGGAAAGGUUGGAAGGUCACCAGGAUGGGUUGCUUUGGGCUUUUCCCAUGAUGCUCCUGGGAUGAGAAACGCCUUCUCAGAUCGUUGAAACAUCUCCACUUCUUCUCAGAUCGUUGAAACAUCUCCACUCAAAUGUGUUUUAGUGUUUUUGAUGGAAACCGUAAACAGACGUGUUAAUGAAUCGGUUUACUGGGAGAAUAUUCAU